AAACUGACUACACGUGCUCAUUAUUGUACAAAUUUAUCAAGAUGCAUUUCAGUUUAGUUUUCAUGCUGAUAGCACUGAUGUUUGUGAUUGCUGAUGGUGCUUCACGUGACUGUGCGACUGUGUGUAAUGGUGAAUGCCGUGCUUCAUGCCAGUCGAAUCAGACUCAAAAACAAUGGUGUAAAAGAAGCUGUUCAGGAGAUGACGUGUGUUGUACACCGCCAGCUGGUGACGACUGUGUAGCUGAUUUGGGUGGUACAUGCCGUGCCAAAAAAUGCAAUAGAGAUGAAAAUGAGGUUACCGGUACCGGUUGCAGAAACGGCCGUGUUUGUUGUAUACCUGAAGUAUAUAUUGAAUAAUCACGACAUCGCCAUUGGACAAGCUUCGACACGAAUAUUCUACAGGUGAAUAUUAGUGAAUAAUUUAGUUUGAGUAAUAAAGCUGACAAAAAAGA